AUGAACAAGGUCGACGGGACCCAGCCGAAGCUGGUGGCUCUGAAGGACGUACUGCCGCCACAUCCGGCAAGCUUGAAUCGGCGGCGAUACGUCAAACUGAAAGAACCCAUCUUCAGGAACGGCGCCAAGGUCUAUUGGAAAGAAGUCUCCUUCGCAUCUCAAGAAGAAGAACACCGUCCCGGUGUCGACGAAGAAGACUAUGCGGCGUCGGCGGCGUGUUUCAGCAUUCUCUACUUCAUACGCCAUUCCAUUGCUGGAACUCUUUAG